CAAAAAUUUCUUCACAGCUUACUUUCUUGACACUCUUAAAAGUAUCACAAUAUUAAACACCUUUCCUAAUUCAAAUUUUGCCUAGAUGACUCGUCCGUACAGAUUCCUGUCCACCAUUGAUAAGCCCGUGGCGAUAGCUGACCCGCCUUCAGCCGCCGCGGUAGAGUCAGAUUUUGUGGUCAUCCUUGCGGCUCUUUUAUGCGCUUUGAUUUGUGUAGUCGGUCUAAUUGCGGUAGCGCGUUGUGCAUGGUUGCGUCGCGCUUCUGUUGCCAGUAGCACGGCGACUCAAAAUCCUCAAGUCGCAAAUAAAGGGCUAAAAAAGAAAGUCAUUGAAGUUCUUCCAAAAUUUAUUUAUGAUUCUAAAAAAGUAAACAAAGGGUCUAACAACACUUGUGAAAAGUUGUUGUCUAAUGAUUGUGCUAUUUGUUUAGCCGAAUACAUUGAUGGAGACGAAAUUCGUGUGUUGCCUCAAUGUGGACAUGGGUUUCAUGUUGAUUGUAUUGAUAUGUGGCUCGGUUCGCAUUCUUCAUGUCCUUCUUGUAGACAAAUUUUGGUGGCUACCGUGAGGUGUGAAACUUGUGGUGGAUUUCCGACUAAAUCCAUUGCAAAUAAAGAUAGGCAACAUAGUACUGGUAGUAGUAGUAGCUCUAGUUUAUCAAGUGAUUGUUAUUUGCCUUGAUAUCGACAUUGUUAAAUUUUCAUAUGAAAAAGAAAUAUUGAUUCGUAA